AUGGCGUCAUCAUUAUCAACAAUAACAACGGCUGGAAACAGUAAUAUUGACAAAGAUUAUGUUAUAUCAAGUAUUGAUGAAAUUCCUGAUGAUGUAAUUAAAUAUGCGAAUGAUAGAUUCUAUAAUUUCGUUGAAGAAGUUUCGGGUGAAAAUAUAAAAAUUAUAUUUAAAGUUCAAGAAAUUCGUGCUGUUUCAACAUUAUUAACAACAACAACAGAAGAUAUAAUAAAAGAUUUGUUAAAAUAUGAAGAUGACGAAAUUGAAUUUGUUAAGCAAAACUGUUUUUACAAAGAUAAUGAUCAAUAUAAAUUGAAAGUUGGAAUUGAACGAGAAAUAAGUAAAUUAUUAAGUUUAUUGAAGACAAGGCAGCAUCACAUGAAGAAGAAAAGAACAAAAAGAAAAAACAACUAG